AUGCCUUGCCAGGCGCUGGAAACACCUCGCACACGUGGAACCAUACUUUGCGAGCCAGCGUUACAGGUGCCGCGUACCGGCUCGGGAGAGGGCCAGAUCUUGAACGCCCACGCGCUGCGCCCGUGCUCCAUAGACCUCCCUGAGAUUCCGCACCUGGGCUUCUGCGACCCCCUCUGCCGGGACGGAUGGCAUCCGAACGUGUCUCUGAUACAGUGCGUGGCUUCAAAUCUGACUUCCCUCUUCGAGUGCCUGGGCAACUCCUGUGUGCAACUUACUCCCGCGCAGUUUGCCGAAGCGGUCACCUGUCAAGAGGGCCCGGAAGCGGAGCACGAAGGAAUUUGCACGCCCAACUGCAAGCCAGGGUACCGCAGGACUUGUAGAAACGGUGUCUUAACGCCCUUCAGAUACGAGUGCUUCCCGGAAAACUGCACGGCCCACUUCGAGCUGCCAUGGGCCUUGCCGCCUUCACCCGGCUACAACCGGUCUCUAGGCAUCAACAGCCCACUUGUCGAAUGGGUUCCGCCAGAAGCGAGGACCUGUGCGGAAGGGCCCAGCAUGUUCCACCGCGGACGUUGUACCGCUCAAUGCUUGCCUGGAUAUGAGCCGGACAUACCUUUCCUUUCUUGCAACCUGGGCAACUUCAGCCCACCAGUGUACCAGUGCGUGGGGCAGCCCUGCCAGGCAUUGCAGGGCAUUCCGGAUGCGCCUACCCUGACGUGUGAGGAAGGCACAAUCCUGGAGCACGGAGGGUCCUGCACCACGAAGUGCGACUAUGGCUUUGUCCCCUCCGAUGCAGUGCUGAGCAACAGCCUCAGCUUGUGA